AUGACUAGAUCUCUGCUGCGGCCCGCGGCGCUCGGACGACAACUGCUGUGGCUGCUGCUGCUCCCAGUGCUUGUGCCCGGGGUCGAAGCUAGGAGGUCUAGGCCCCCGCUGCCCUGUCCCGCGGCCUGCGAGCCGACGCGCUGUCCCCCGCUGCCCACCUGCUCGGCCGGGAUGACGCCGGUGCUCGACCGCUGCCGCUGCUGCCGCGUCUGCGCGGCGGCCGAGGGCGAGGCCUGCGGCGGGGCGCUGGGACGGCGGUGCGCCCCGGGGCUGCAGUGCCGCGCGCCGCCCAGCGCCCCGCGCCUCGGCGGCGCCCGGACGGGCACGUGCGGCUGCCCGGCGGCGGGGGCGGCGGUGUGCGGCAGCGACGGCCGCACCUACCCCAGCCUGUGCGCGCUGCGCGCCGAGAACCGCGCCGCGCGCCUCCGGGGCGCGCUCCCGGCCGUGCCCGUGCUGAAGGGCGACUGCGCGGAUCGAGGGGCCAGGAGUGUAGGCGGGCUCAGGAGCAAGUACAACUUCAUCGCCGCCGUGGUGGAGAAGGUGGCGCCCUCCGUGGUUCACUUGCAGCUGUUUCGCAGGUCACCUCUUAGCAGCAAGAAUAUUCCUGCAUCCAGUGGCUCUGGGUUCAUAGUGUCUGAGGAUGGGCUCAUUGUUACCAGUGCCCACGUCGUCACCAACCAGCAGCGGAUCCAAGUGGAGCUCCAGAGUGGGGUCCCGUUUGAAGCCACUGUCAAGGAUAUUGACCAUAAAUUGGAUCUUGCGCUGAUUAAGAUUGAGCCAAAUACUGACCUUCCAGUAUUGCUGCUGGGAAGGUCAUCUGACCUGCAGGCUGGAGAGUUCGUGGUGGCCUUGGGCAGCCCAUUUUCUCUGCAGAACACGGUGACCGCAGGAAUUGUCAGCACUACACAGAGAGGGGGCAGAGAGCUGGGGCUGAAGUAUUCGGACAUGGACUAUAUCCAGACUGAUGCCAUAAUUAAUCACGGGAAUUCUGGGGGCCCUCUGGUGAACUUGGAUGGUGAUGUGAUUGGCAUAAACACACUCAAGGUGACCGCAGGAAUCUCCUUUGCAAUUCCCUCAGAUCGAAUUCGACAGUUCUUGGCAGAAUUCCAUGAGCGCCAGCUGAAAGGAAAGGCUCUUUCACAGAAGAAAUAUCUCGGUCUGCGAAUGCUGCCUCUUACUAUGAACCUUCUUCAAGAGCUGAAAAGGCAAGAUUCAGAUUUCCCUGAUGUGAGUUCUGGAGUUUUCGUGUAUGAGGUGAUUCAAGGAACAGCUGCUGAAAGCUCUGGGUUGAGAGACCACGAUGUAAUUGUCAGCAUAAAUGGGCAGCCUGUUACCACCACAACCGAUGUUAUUGAAGCUGUUAAGGACAAUGAUUUCCUUUCCAUCAUGGUUCGUCGGGGAAGUCAAACUUUGAUCCUGACAGUCACACCUGAAAUAAUCAAUUAAGUAUCUUGUCUUAAAGAGAAAUUAUCUAACAAAACCAAAGCUACAUUGCCUGGUUUGUAUUGAGAUGUGCCAAAGAUGGCAUGGAGUUUUAGGGUCUCUUACAAUGAAAAAUGAAUGCUUUAAAACACAAACACACAUACACACUCAGGGACCUUUUGGUUGGGGUGCUCUACUGUUGCUAAGAAGCCUUACUAAAGCAAGUGAAGGACAGGGUGCCGGGAAGUCUGGGAACUGAUAACAUUUUAUUUAAACAUAGGAAACAACUGAAAAACAGGCACAGUUUCUAAUUUAACUUCGACAGAAGGACCCUUUAGGAUUUUAAAACUUCUCUAUAGCUACACACUGGAUAUAACACAAACAUACACGCACACACACAUCAAAUAUGAAGAAACUACCGGAACCCAGAGUGCAAAGGAAAUCAAAUAGUUAAUAAUACUCCUUUUCUCAAGUUUUUCGGGUCAUAUCAUAUUUGGCCAGGGUUUGUAGACGCAGAGGAUGGGCAUCAUUUGCAAGUCAAAUUGACACAACUGCAGACUGUCACAGAGGAAUAUUAAAGAUCCUCAUGAUCACCCUGCAGUGGUCUUCAAAAGCUUUUCUGUGAGAAGGGCUUCUUUUAUGAGACAGAUACUUCAGUAACUUACAGAUUUUUACCUUUUUACCCAAGCUCAUCCUCCUGGCAACAUUAAUGAUUUUGAGUCUUAAAGUUGCCAAAGUGGUGUUUUUU